AUAACCAAGUCCCCCAGAUUCUCACUUCAACGCCAUUUAUAAUAGUUUUUUGCCUUAAUCACGACAGUAUUUGAUAUAUACCUUUAGAACAUAGUCUUACAUUAGUUAAUACGCUCUUGACUCAACAAUUGCAUACCAAAUACAAUUUUUUUAUUGAUUUUGCAACGCCUUUUGAGAGAUUGAACGAUCAUUCGAGAUGGCCCGAACACAAACCGUUUGCCGCUAUUACUUGCGUGGCAUUUGUGGCUUCGGUGAGUUUUGUCGAUUCUCCCACGACCUGAGUUCCGGACAACUGGUUAAGCUGGAGCAUAAUGAUAACCCUAAUGAGAAGGAUGAACUUCCGAUAGCCAGUACCAGUAGCUGUGGACGCCAAAGCAUCUGGGCGAACGCUCCGGUUUUUGUGCCGCGCUACAAAUGGAACUCCGAUUCCAAUUCCAAUCCGGAUACGAAAACCAAACAGCAACGAAAUCUGCACUCUGAGAUUUGCCCCUUUGGAGCUCCCUGCAUUUGGGGCGACCACUGUCCGUAUCCCGUUCACCUGGAACUCUGCGAGAUCUGCGAUCUCUUCUGCCUGCAUCCUGCUGACUUGGAGCAGCGUGAAGUGCACAAGCGCGAAUGCCGCGAACAGCAGGCGAAGGCCUUGGACUUAACCUGUGCCAUUGCUCGAUCGAAGGAUAAGACCUGCGGGAUAUGCUUCGAUACCAUUGUGGAUAAGGAGGAUCGCAAGUGCCGGUUCGGCAUUCUGCCGCAAUGCAGACACACCUUCUGCCUCGAUUGCAUUCGCCGGUGGCGACGCGCCAAACAAUUUGCACAAACUGUGACCCGAUCCUGUCCCGAAUGCCGCGUCUACUCGGCCUUCGUCUGUCCCAGCUUGUUUUGGGUGGAGACCAAGGAGGACAAGGACAAGCUGAUCCAGGGAUACCGUACCGCGUUGGCGGAGAAGGACUGCAAGUACUUUCGCAAGGGCGAGGGUCGGUGUCCCUUUGGCAACAAGUGCUUCUAUCGACACGCCACCGAAAGUGGCAUCCUCAUCGAUGUGGGCUCGCCGCGGCAAGGUCGCAAGCCCCCAAGUCCCAAUGAGGACGGCAUCGAUCUGCUCGACGAUUACCAGUGGGAGGACUUCAUCACCAGCAUGACAUUCGUGGGCUCCCGUUUCUGUUGAAUUUAGCCGUUUCGAGCAAAACUUUCUCUUACCAUUUUCUUCAAUCCAUCCAUCCACCGAGCGGCAGAAUGAGGAGCUCCUCAAAGGUUGAAGUUGCAAGCAGAAAAGCAGAAAAACAAAUACUGUAUAACAAAGAAAUGAAAAAAGAAUCAUAAAACAUAAAACAUUUGCCCGCGAGCGAGAUCCGUUUAUGGAUGAAACGAAGAAUUGUGUAUCCAUCCAUCCAAUCCAUCCAAUCCAUCCAUCGUAUCGUAUGCAAAAUGACUCGAAAAAUGUAUUUGGGUGCCAAAUUUCGGUUAACAUAUUGUAGUGUGCGUCCCUCCCUCAAUGUGACAAAAUUAGAAGCGGCUUUUCGUACUUGUGUUAAAUAAAUUUUUAAUCGAAAUAAAUUGUUACUAUAGAACUAA